AUGGUUUAUUCAAGAUUUCUUUUCUUUUCUUUCAUUGCUCUUGCUGUUUUGCUGGCAGGUGUUGAAUCCACAAAAAUGGUGAGUGAAGAUUCAGUUUGGUCUUCCAACAAAGAAGGUUCAUUGUGUUGCAGCGAUCACCCAAAAUUUGGAGUAUGUACUAACGAUCGCAGUUGCAACAGUUGGUGUCUUAAAGGCUGUGACAACGGGAAAGGUGGCUUUUGCAAGAAAAAACUUUGUCACUGCUACUGCUAA